AUGCUAACCUAGAAAUUCUUUACCCUCACCUUUUAGUACUAUCCAAUAGCUAUUCAUUAGGGCAGCAUCUAUGCUGCCUAGCCAUAGAGAACUACCGAAACAAUGGGUCGGAAAGUGGGUGACCCGAAUGCGUAUUUUAUCGAAUUUGGCUUUAUUUCCAUGUUACGGACGUAAUUUUCGUACCCUAGGAAUGUUCAUCCCAUAAAUUCGUUGCCCCUUCGAUGAAGUACUACCUAAUAGCUAUUUAUAAGAGCAAAGUCUAUAAUCCCUAGCCAUACAGAACUGCUGGGGCAAUGGGUUUAAACAACUGGGUAAUCCCAAUGCAUAUUUGAUCAAAUUUGACUUUUUUACCGUGUUACAGACAUAAGUUGCUGCUUUAAUUAUGUAAUAAGUAUAUAUUUUCUUUACUAUCAUUCCUAGAUCCAGAUAUGGCUGAAAUGCUGAGAAAACUUUUCUUGAUGCCACUUGAGAAUGAAGUAGAAGAAGAAACAGAAAGUGCAGAAAAUCUUCAAAGAAAUCAAAAUAGAGUGGAUCAGUUGGAUUAUGUUCCAGACAGCUUUGAGAGCCAAACAAUUUCACAGAUUGUUGAAAGAAAUGAAGGAACAAGUGACAACCAAGACCAUGUUCCAGACAGAAACAUCUUCAAAAUGUUACAGGACAUGGAAAUGGAAAUUAAGGCUAUGCAUCAGACCAUGCAACAAAGCCAUCAAUUUAGGGUAGAAGGCCAGAUAAAAAGGGAUAUAGCCGUAGUUGCAAAGCGGUAUUUUGGCCGUAAUAUGUUCUCAAUUCCGGAUGCUUGCAAAACUGAAGUAAGUGAAUUGAUACAAGAGGAAAUGGGCAGGCAGGCAAAAAUUUCAGAAAUAAAGAAAGCUUUAUCUUUUGUAAAAAGAAAGUAUUCAACUGAAUACAGGCCAGCCAUUUAUAGAACGCUCAGAGCAACUAUGGAACAAACUAAAGAGAAGCAACUACGGAGUUUGUUCGGAAACUACACCGACGCAUCAACAGCAGACAAAGAAGUUGUUGAUUACAGAAAACAAAUGGUGUUGAUAAUGAGAUUUCUUCAUAGAGAAAAUCCGCCAAAGGGAACCUUUUGGAGAAAGGUGGAAGAUUUACAUACUGAGAUUGAGGGAAAGGAAAAAGAAACACGCCUUUCCCUCUACCAAGGACUCUUGAGAAGGGAGGAAAGAGAACAAUAAAAAACUUGAAACACAUUAUUGUUGGACUAUUUGGAUUAAUGUUUUCUUAAGAUAUUUAAUCAUGUUCGUACUCAAAUGUGGACAGUUUUUAGGACCUUGCAUAGUCUUGAUGCAUAUAUACUGUACAAUAACAUCUGGUUAACACACCAAAUGGGUGAAAUCUCUUCGUUCUUACUGUGCUAUAAUCUGGAUAAUGCACAGCAAACGUGUGCAACUUUAACUACCUCAAACAGGGCGAGGGAUAAUAAGCUGCAGAUCAAUUGUUUAGAUGCGACAUGUCUUAAAAAUUAAUACAGUAGAAAAAAAUUGAAGGGGGAACGGGGGAAGUCAAAGAUUGAAAAGUGAAACAUUUUUUUUCUGUUUACUUAAUAUUUCAAAUAUUGGUAAAUUUCUCCUCGGUUCACUUCCUCUAAGCAUAUUAUUGAGGGAAAGAAAGUAAAUUAAUAUACUCAAUAACCCUUUCAGUUAUGAUUUUUCAUACAUCGAUUUAAAAGUACACAAAACGGAACUAAAACUGUAGGAGAUGUAGGUUGUACGUCAAUAAGUCAGCAAGCAAAUGACAAAAAAAACCCAAACUAAUGACUACCAGAGGACAACGUAUAGUAUUGUUUUCAACAACAGAUAGGCGUCCUACGUUGUUCGGGUUAUUUAGGGUCACCCGAGCCGUGCGGAUUAAAUGAUGUAUACAGACUUGCUUGGUUAAUAACUAUAAUAUGUAAUUAACUUGAAUAUCCUUGUUAAAAAUUGAUGUGCAUGUGCAAUAAACUAGCUAACAUUUCUUUUUAUUCAAAUUAGUAUAAACGAAUGAUGCCUUAAUACCCUAAAAUUAUUCAGCUCUUCAUUCAAAAUUGUCCUUCAACAUUAAAACCACACAAAUAAAAAGAUAAGAAAACCAUAAAGUCGGUUCACAAUUUGUUCUCGUUGAAUACAAAAUACUAAUGUUGAGUAUUUCAAGACAUUUCUUAAAAAAAAAAGAUUUUUUGUAAAAAAUUAAUCAAUUGUCAGAUACCUGAAAUACAAUUUAAUCACGAACAUUUUAACAUUUUUGUCAAGUUCUCCCUGCAUGCUUAAUUUCAUAACCAAAAAAUCAUGAAAACUUCAUCCGUAUUGAUAUGGAGUCAAC